CUUGAACUCGGUGAACACAAUUUUACCAUUACUCCCAAGUGCAGUCCAUAAAAUAAAUAUAUUGAUAAAAUAAAAAGUACUUGAGAAAAGCUUGAAAGAAGAAAAGCAAUCCCCAACAUAUAGUACUCUUGAGCCAUGAACUCUCUCUUGGAAGAAAAAAUCCAAAGAAAGCAAACACACUUGCCUCAAUUCAGCAACAGAUACAAACUAAUCCAUCUAACAGCAAAACCCCAACAGUGAAAUCAAUCUUCUAAAAUGAGUACUUUUAUAAGGGGAGCAAAAAAGGGAGCCUAAUUGAAGAUGAUGAUGAUGAUGAGAGAAGAUGGAAUAUCAUCAAACAGUAGGUGUCAAGACUGUGGAAAUCAAGCAAAGAAAGAUUGUCCAUAUUUGAGGUGCAGAACUUGCUGUAAAAGCCGAGGGUUUCAGUGUCAAACCCAUGUCAAAAGCACUUGGAUCCCUGUCUCUAGAAGACGUCCAAGGCACCACCUUCUUCAUACUAUUCAACAACAACAGCAGCAGCAGAAGCAGCUUCAAGCAAACCCUAAAAGAUACAGAGAAAAUGAUAAUAAUCUUGCUGCAGGUGGGAAAGAAGAAGAUCUACCAACAGAAUUGAGUUUACCAGCAGUAUUUCGAUGUGUUCGAGUAAGUUCAGUAGACAAUGUGGUGGAUCAAUAUGCUUAUCAGACAUCAGUGAAAAUAGCAGGACAUGUAUUUAAAGGGAUAUUAUAUGAUCAAGGCCCUGAGACUGAGACUCAUUACACUAAUAUGGCUAGGGAAAGCUCCUCAAAUGGCUUCCAGCAAGAGCAACUUACAACAAAUUUAACACAACCACUACCUUCUUACCCUAGUCCUUUUAAUAAUUUCAUGCCUGGAAUUAAUAUUUUCUGCCAAAUACCAAAAAAUCACUUAUUAUAGACCGGAUGAAGUAUACACCGUGAUAAGAAGGGAAAAGAAGGCAAAGUUCAAAAAUAUCGAGAGAGAUUCACUUACUUGUUGU